GUGAAGAAAAGGCAAUGUCUGCCAAUUUAAAGUACCUUUCUUUGGGAAUCCUGGUCUUUCAGACUACCAGCUUAGUUCUGACUAUGCGUUAUUCAAGGACUUUGAAAGAAGAUGGGCCUCGUUAUUUGUCAUCUACUGCAGUUGUCAUUGCUGAACUUUUGAAGAUCAUUGCCUGCAUUAUAUUAGUCUACAAAGAUAGCAAAUGCAGUCUUCGAGCAUUGAAUAGAGUGUUACAUGAUGAAAUUCUAAACAAGCCUAUGGAAACACUUAAACUUGCUAUUCCAUCAGGAAUAUAUACUCUUCAGAAUAAUUUACUCUAUGUAGCAUUAUCAAAUCUAGAUGCAGCCACUUAUCAGGUUACUUAUCAAUUAAAAAUUCUUACAACAGCACUGUUUUCUGUGUCCAUGCUUAGUAAAAAAUUAGGUUUGUACCAGUGGCUCUCUCUAGUGAUUUUAAUGGCAGGUGUCACUUUUGUACAGUGGCCCUCAGAUUCUCAAGAAUCGUCUUCUAAGGAACUCUCAGCAGGCUCUCAGUUUGUAGGUCUGAUGGCAGUUCUUACAGCUUGUUUUUCAAGUGGCUUUGCAGGAGUUUAUUUUGAGAAAAUUUUAAAAGAAACCAAGCAAUCUGUGUGGAUUAGAAAUAUUCAACUUGGCACUUGGAGGCCUUGUCAUAGCUGCUGUUAUUAAGUAUGCGGAUAAUAUUUUAAAAGGAUUUGCAACAUCUUUGUCUAUAAUAUUAUCAACGCUAAUUUCCUAUUUUUGGCUGCAAGAUUUUG